AUGCCUAUCUUCAUCCACAACAAUAAAGGCAACAGCGCCACAGCACUAAUGAAAGCAGCCCAACUCAACAACCAAGCCAAUCAACUCGAAGCCAGCGGCGAUUUUACCGGCGCCGAAAAAUUAUUCUUGCAAUCUCUCCAGUUAAAAAUUGAAAGUACGGGUGAUGAGUCGAUUCAGAGUGCUCUUUCGAAAAAUGCGCUUGGAGAGUUGUAUUUGAAGAUGGAGGGGAGAUGGGAGGAUGUGAGGAGGUUUUUGGAGGGUGCUGAUGCGGUUAGAGGGGCUAUCGAUGAUUUCGACGCAGCUUGUACCCGGGAUAAUCUUGGUCAACUAUGGGAAAUUAAGGGUGAUAUGGUAAGAGCAAAGGCUGCUCGCGAAAGAAAUCCAAAUAGUAUGAUAUGUUCAAAUUUCAACAGAGUGGUGGAUGUUACGAGGUUUGCCGUCUAG